CGCCUCCUUCUGCUCUUCCAUUGUAGGCGAGGCGGGCGAGUUGCAGGCGCGCGGCUGCUCUCGCGCCCUUCCCCGAAGCCCGGGAGGCGCGCGGCGGCGAUGUAGGCGGGCGCGCGGACCAUUUGCACCCCGGCUCCCCGGCACAAAGCGGCUCCGCGGCUUCUCCGCCUCUGCCAACCCGUUUGCGGCUUCCGCGGGACGCGGCGCCCGCCGCUGCCGCCUUUAUGAGCUCGGGCGUCCGGGAGCACAAGGUAAGAGGAGGUCACAGGAUGAGCCAUAUGGAGAACUUUAGCCCGGAGGAGGCUCGGUCUCAGCUGGUGACCAAAAGAAAAUUGUUUAAGAUGCUAAGCUUAAGCCCUGGACACAGCCAAGCCCGCGUGUCCGAAACAAGGGAGAAGAAAAUACCAACGAUGACAUGGCCUGUGAAACCAGUGCAUACCAUCAAGAAACGCAAAGCCUUCUUGGUGCAUCGGGGUACCCAAACCGAAGAGAUCCCGGAUAUCUGCAUUGAAUGUGGGAAGGUCUUCAUCCAGAACUCCAGCCUGAUCAGCCCGUGGCCUGUCCAGAGCGACGAUAAACCGCACAAGUGUUCUGAAUGUGGGAAAAGCUUUUCUGUCCGUUCCAGCCUCAACCGACACCAGAGGAUCCACACCGGGGAAAAGCCGUACAUCUGCCUCGACUGCGGCAAGCGAUUCAACGACAAGUCCAACCUUACUCAGCACCAACGGAUCCACACGGGCGAGAAGCCCUACGAGUGCAUUGACUGUGGCAAAAGCUACAGCCGCAGCUCUCACAAGAAGAAGCAUUUGAAGGAGCCGGUGGAGGAGCCCCAAGAAGCCUGCCCCCCGGUGGGCAGGGCCAACGCCGGCGCCAUUGACGAGAAACCCAAAGCGAAACAGAAGGCGGAAGUGAUGAACACGUGUACGGAGUGCCUGCGGAGUUUCGGCCACAAUGCUGACCUGAUCAAGCACAUGCGCAUCCACACGGGGGAGAAACCCUACAAGUGCAACAUCUGCGAGAAGAGCUUCAACGUCAGUUCUAACCUCUUUCGACACCAGAGAAUCCACACUGGCGAAAAGCCGUAUGUGUGUACCGAGUGUGGGAAUUGCUUCACUGACAAAUCGACCCUGGUCCAGCACCAUCGGAUCCACACCGGGGAGAAACCUUACGCUUGCCGGUUCUGUGGCAAAUGUUUCAGCCACAGCUCCCACCACAAGAGACAUGAGAAGAUCCACAACCGAGAGAACCCCCUCUUUGCCUACCCGAUCCCCUUGUUUCUCCGCAGCCCCAGCCGCUUGCUCGGCUUGGCAGCCCGGCAGGAGCCUCGGACGGUGGACUCGGGGCUGCGCCGAGCGACUGACUUGCAGAGUGACGGGGGAAGCGUCUGGACUCCCGGACGGAUGCCUUUCAUCUUUCCGUCCCGGUCUCCGCAAAGAGCUCUCGGUUUCAUGAUGCCUCCGAAAAGGUCCAGAGGGAAACUUCCUCAGAUAUCCACUCAUAAAAGACGCCUGAAGAGUCGGUGGAAGUUGGAAGAGCAGCAGAAGAGCCUCCUUUUGGGAGAAGACGAGAAAGGGAAAGCAGGCACCCCCAACAAAAGGGCCGGGAAGCGAAAGGGCACCACUGCCCCCCAGAGAAGUUACUCGGGGGAGAACCCUAACAUCUGCACGGAGUGCGGGCAAACCUUUGCGCAAACUUUGGAGCUGGUGAGCCACCAGAGGAUCCAUGCCGGAGAAAAGCCCUAUAAAUGCGCCGACUGUGGGAAAGCCUUCAGCAUCCGUUCCAACCUGAGCAGGCACCGGAGGAUUCACGCAAGGGAGAAGCCCUACCUUUGCUCGGAGUGUGGGAAAAGCUUCGCAGACAAGCCGUCUUUGGAGCAACACGCGGGAACCCACUCGCGGGAGGCUCCCUUCCAGUGUAUUGAUUGUGGGAAAAUGUUCAGCCAGAGUUCCCACGAGAAGAGGCCUCUGAAGAGCCCCCCCGGGAAACGGCAGAGCAGUUGCGCUACCCCGGAGACUGCUGUGGUCUCCCCCAGCUCAGCUUCCGGACAUGCUCAGAGACCCAGAGUUUCCAAGAAGCCGGACUCUUCCUUUGAAAUCCCCCACACGUGUGCCGAAUGCUGGCAGAGUUUCAACCAGACCUCGGACCUGGUCAAACACAUGCGCAUCCACACGGGCGAGAAGCCGUUUGAGUGCAGCCACUGUGGGAAGUGCUUCAACGUCAGCUCCAACCUCAUCCGGCACAAGAGGAUCCACACGGGAGAGAAACCUUACACCUGCUCCGUCUGCGGGAAGAGCUUCACCGACAAAUCCACCCUCACCCAGCAUAACCGCAUCCAUACAGGAGAGAAGCCGUACACCUGUAGUUACUGCGGGAAAAGCUUCAGCCGGAGUUCUCACCACAAAAGGCACCAGCGGAUCCACGCGGGAGAAAAUCCGGCCUCUCUCCUGCCUCUGUGGCCUUACCCUAACCAAAUGUACUGAGAGCCCUUCCAUUGGGCAGGGCAGGAUUUCCAUUAGACAUUUGCAAGUGGAUGGUUCGACCUGGGUGGUGUUGGGAUCCAGGGCAGGAAUGGUGUUUCGGAUCUGAUGUAUGGGCCACGCUCACGCUACCUAUCAGUGGCUCUUUAAAGAAAAGCGUCACACUGCAAGACUUGGAAAAGAUGUCAUCGUUUCUUUAAGAUAUUGUUGACCGGCAUGGCACAGCAGACCUAAAACACCUUUCCCAUUUUAGAUGGGAAGGCUAUACAGGUAGUCCUGGCUUAGCGUCUACCUUGUUUAGUAACCAUUUGCCGUUAUGACAGGGAUGAAAAAAAAAAAAAACCAGU